GGUGGUGAUGGGGUUCCCACGGAGGAGGAGGUGGAGGAGUUUUUCGCCAUACUGAGGAGGAUGAGGGUGGCCGUUAAGUACUUUGACGACAAAGGGAGGGGCGGCAGGGAGUGGCGGGAGGUGCUGGAGACGGCGGAGCUCGCGGUGGACCACAGCGAAGAAGCCGACGGCGAGCAAGAAGGUGAUGAUGCCAACCCAAAGAAAAAGCGUGGGGAGGUGGCUAACGUAAUUGAGGGUUUUGACUUGAACGCCGCGGCGCCGGAAGCCGCCGAGGGCGGCGGGGCGUAGAAAUCUGCGUCCGUGUGAGACGCACGCGCCGCCGGUUUAAGCUGCCGUAACAGUGUAGGUUUGGGUCUGCCUUGUUUUCUCCGAACAGGAAAAGGAAAUCUGAAUCUACAAGGCUCCUCAUCUCUUUGUUUCUGUUGUUUUCGGAGUUAAUUAGGUUGUAAUUGUAAUUGUAGUAAUAAUAUAGGAGAUUAGCACGCAGUUAUCUUUAAUUAGUAUGAUUUUUUUUUUUAUCUUUCUCACUUCCUCACCUUCCUUAAUCUUAAAUGAAACACAAGUUUGAUUUUAUCAA